GCUAGAGCGCUUCCGGUGGGGCCUGGUGUCAGCGCUGCGGCCAUGGCGGACUUGACAGAUGCGGAGCUCCGGAAGGAGCUGAUCGCUCUCGGCUACCGGCCGGGGCCCAUCACCGCCACCACCCGCAAGGUUUACGCUAAGAAGCUGGGCUGCCUGCGGGCUGAGAUGGCGGCGGCCAGGCGCAGGGGCCGCGGCCCGUCAUCGAGCCCGGCCCGCACCGCCGCUAGGCCGCAGCAGGCCUCUCCUUCCCGGCAGCGCUCCGACUUCACCCUCAGCCCCGUCGGGGCCGCCCGCGACAGUGAGGAGGAGGAGGAGGAGGAGGAGGAGGAGGAGGAGGAGGAGGAAGGGGGGCGACCACCCGCGUCCCGCUGGGGGACGUCUGGGGAGGGUGGUGGGCUGUCCUGGGGGGACUCCCGGGGGUCCCCCCCCGGCCGGGGCGGAGGACUCGGCUCCAGGGCUGAGGGAAGCCUGUCCCGGGACAGCUUUGGGGGGCUGAGCCCCUCGGCACAGUGGGGGGUGUCUGUAGAGAGAAGUGGGGGGGCCGGGAUUGGGCUGGGGGGAUCCCUGGGUGGGCUCGGGGGUCUGAGCUCCCGCUCCCAGUGGGAUACAUCUCUAGAGAGAAGUGGGGGGCUUGGGGCUGGGCUGGGGACAUCCCUGGAUGGACACGGGGAACUGAGCUCCCAUUCCCAGUGGGAUGCAUCGGCAGAGAGAAGUGGGGGGCUUGGGGCUGGGUCAAAGUCCCAGUGGUACACAUCUGCAGAGAGAAGCAGGGGGCUCAGCACUGGGCUGGGGGCAUCCCUGGAUGGGUUUCGAGGCUCCUCAUUGCAGUGGGACACGUCAGCAGAGAGAAGUGGGGGGCUCAGCACGGGGUUGAGGCCGUCCCUGGACAGGUUUCGUGAGUCGAACUCCACAUCCCAGUGGAGCCCAUCUGCAGAGAGAAGUGGGGGGCUUGGCAUCAGGGCGGGGUUGGGGGCAUCCUUGGAUGGGGUUGGGGGGCUGAGCUCCAUGUCCCCCUGGGGUACCUCCACAGGCAGGAGUGGGGGACUCGGCUCUAAACCACUUUCCAGCAAUGAGAGUGGGGAUCUGAAGUCCAGGAGCCAUUGGGGGAUGUCGGGAGGAGGUAUUGGGGGGGUGAGUUCCCGAGCUCAGUGGGAGACAGCAGGGGAAAGGAAGGGGCUCUCCUCUAACAGCUCAUGGAGGCAGGAAAGCGAGGUGACACCCAGCUCCCACUGGGGCACCUCGGUGGGACCUGGGGGGUUGAGUCACCAGUUUGGGAGAGGGAAAGAGGAUUUGGCUUCCAGCGUUCGGAAGGAGGCAGACAGGGAGCUGAACCCUGGCAGCAGGGGAGGGGGAUUGAUGCGGCGGUUCCCGUGGAGGGCUCCAGCUGAUGCGGGGCUGGCCUCAGGGAGCCGGUGGGAAGCGUCGGGAGCAGGGCGGGGAAUAACCUCCCGCACUCACUUGUUGCGGUCAGCCCCCAAGCAGCAGAUGGAGGGAAAGGGCAAAGGCCUCGAGUACUACCUCUCCCAGUUCCUCUGUCUCGCCAGCUUUGUGCUGCUGAUGAUUUUUCUGGGCAUCCUCGUGGUGAAGAUGAUUGGGUCAGGCUGGCUUGACAGGAGAGAGGAUAACUUUAAUCUCUUGCCUGUGGACUGUGACAAAAGAACGGAUGAUUUCUGUCAAGCUAAACAGAAGGACAUAAUAAUGAACAUGCUGCACGAGUUGUAUAACUACUUGUCUGUACAAGCUGGUAAUUUUGAAUGCGGAAACCCUGAGAAUCUGAAGAGCAAAUGCGUUUGGGUUAGUGAAGCGAAGGAUCAUGUGGUGAAUAUAACUGGUAGUUCCCCACAGAAGUUUGAAGCUGCCCUGCACUGGAUACUAAACAGUAACAAGGAUUUGGGAAUAUGGUUGAAAGGCAGAGACCUUUCGGAACCAGUUACCAGAGUGGAGGAAGUGUUCUGUCUUGAAUCAGCCCAUCCUCAGAUGGGGCUCGGCUGCCGUUUCCGUCGGGCAGUGGUCACGGCCAUUAUGAACCUUUUCCUGUUUUUCUGGUGUCUGAUAAUCCUCUGGGGGAUCCUGAUCUUCCUUAGGUAUCGCUGGCGGAAGAUGGAGGAAGAGGAACAAGCCAUGUAUGAAAUGGUGAAGAAGAUCAUAGCUGUAGUCCAGGACCACUACAAGGAAUGGGAACGGAAUUUGGAGCGUUACCCCUAUGUCGGCAUUUUCCAUGUUCGGGACAGCCUCAUCCCUCCUCAAAGCAGGAAAAAAAUGAAGCGGGUCUGGGAGAGGGCUGUGGACUUUCUGGCUUCAAAUGAAUCACGGAUUCAGACAGAGUCACACAGAGUAGCAGGAGAAGAUAUGCUUGUGUGGAGAUGGACUCAGCCUUCUUACGUCUCAGAUUCAGAGCACUGAAGAGGAGCAGAAGUUGAGCAACUGUUGAUACGGACCUUUGCAAGGGGACAGUCCCUUCUCUGGUGGUGGGAAAGAGCAGGUUACGGUCCUAAUCUCCUAGGGUUGGGGAUUGCACAUAUCUCUUUGCUCUUCUUUCUGAAAAUCUUCACACACAAAAAUUCAGGGCAAUAAUGUUGGCUUGGAAAGAAGAUGGGCUUGAGCUGGUGGGAAGCAAGAAUUGUGCCAAAGUUAGCCUUCUGGCUUCUGUAGGCAAGCAAACCUAGAAUAACCUUUUAAAAAGAAAAAAAGAAAAAGCAUACCUAAUACGGAGAGACUUAAGAUCUCUCUGACACAGCACAGGUGUUUAAAAUUUGACCUUAAUUCUGCAAAGGCCAACUGGUGGCAAUGUCCAUCAGGGAAUGUGUUUAAAGAAGAUUUAACAUUUCCCAUGGAAACAUUAGGAUGGCAGUUAAGAUGCAUUUUGUUAGAAUUUGUUUUUAUCUGUGCAAAAACAGUGAUGAAAGCACUUGCUGCUUCCUAGAGAGGAAAAUGUCUGUGUUGGCUUCACCCUUUAAAAAUGGGUGAGAAGGGGAAAAGUCAGGUGAAGAUAGUCCUAGAGGGAGGGCAGUCGAAUGUGCCUUGGUGGUUUGGGCUGGGUUGGAUGGGAUGGAGGAGUGGCUGUGACCCUGUUAUACCUUUUAAGUCUGCAGUCUGUGUGCUUUAUGAUUUCUGGGGGGUGGGGGGGUGGGAAAUUUGGGUGGAAAAUAAAGGAUGUAGGAAGCUUCAGAAGGCGCUUUCUUGUGGCUGCAGCCAAAGGGACUGCUUCAUGGGCUAUUAAAGAGCAGCUUUGGAAAGGCUGCUAGGACUGAAUGUACAUGUUUAUCCUGGGCAGCUGCAAUGUAUGUGCUGUGUGUCAGAGCAGAGAUGUACCUACCACGCGUGGAGUGUCAGUACAGGGAUCGCCAAGUCAGUGUUCCUGCAGCCUCACAAUAGGUACAGGGAGCAGCAAUCCAUCCUCUCUUCCUGCUGCAGGCAUUGCGUUUUGUAUCUAUAACCAUUUUGCUACUUAAGUUUCUUUUUAUGUCCAGCAAAGGAGUGUUUGUUUCAAAGAAAAUAGCACCGGUGUGUGGCAGUUUAGGCUAGGCAGAGAUACUGCUAAUCUGCUCUUCCCAGUACUGCAGAGCAGCUGUCCAGCUCACCGCUAAGACAGCAGGGACCAAAUUAAUUCCUGGCAUAAGCCAGUAAAACGUGCGAAGAGAAGCCAGCCUUGAUCUGAACCUGUGUGACCCAUGGAUGUCGUUCUCCUUAGCGUCGCGGGUACAGCGCGGACGCUCGCGCUCACCUCCGCCGGCGGGUGCAGGGGGAGCUUCCCCCGCGCUGGCCGGGGGCCGAAGCCCCGCUCCCCGCUUCGCAGGCUGGUGACGCCACGUCCAAGGAGGGUCCCUGCUCACCUCGCGGUGUGAAGCCUGCUCUCCCUCCGCCCCGCUGCUGCCCGCCGUGGGCUUCGGCACCUCCGCACCCCGCGGGCCGCUGCCGAAGGGCUGCAGGGACUCCUGGUGUACCUGGUCAGCCGAAACGAGCGGAGAGAGCAGGUUUCUCCGGAAACUAAACACGGGGAGGUGUUUCCCGCUAACUGGGAAAUAUCCUGCGUGGAGUUGACUCUUACCCCAUAUUUAAUUUUGGUUGCGAAGGCAGGGUGUUUGAACAGAAGAGGAGAUGAGACUCGACAGCUGUCUUCAGUGACCAGCUUCUUCCACCAUUAAUAAAACGGGAUAAAGCGAAGGCAGCUUGAUUCUUCUAAACUGUAACAAGAUCAUCACUGCUGCCUUAGAAAUUUUUGCAAACACCAGUGCCUACAUUCUUAAGCCUUUUUAAAAUAUUUGUGGGGUUUGGGUUAGCUUUUUUUAAUCCGUCCAAAUCCUGGAGUGAAGAGUCAGGCGUUGCAGUCAUCUUUAAGCAUUAAACUUGUUUUUGUAGAAUAAAUUUUACUAGCUUGGUGCUGUUUAUAUGUUCAAUUUAGCUCUGUAAAUCCAUAUAUAAAAUAAAUUUAUUACAAAUAA